AUGUUCGCUGCAGCACAUGUUGUGGCUUGGCAGACGGUUGUCAAGCAUGACGUGUUGUUUGCUUUGGCAGUGCCGUUUGUCGCAGUAAAAAAAGUGCGUGUUGUUGCUGCAGACGGGUGGUUGGAGCAGGCAGUGUUUUGGAGCAUGGAGAGCGUGGUGGCAGCAGCCGUGUUGUCGGCAGCAGGUGUGUGUGUCGCAACAGACGUGUUGUUGCGCAGACGUUUUGUCGCAGCAGACGUGGUGUUGCUGCAGCCGUGCUGUUCAGCAGGCGUGUUGUUGCUGCAGACGUGUUUGUUGCAAGCAGACUGUUGGUUGCAAGCUGGCUGUUGUUGA